AUGCAGAGCACAGACGUGGGCAACAAGGAGAGUGGCAAGAUAUGGCAUCGCAAGCCCACGCCGGCCACUCGGGACGGAAUUAUAGUCAACAUCGUUCACAACACUUCUGAUUAUCAUCCCAAAGUUUUGCGAUUUUUGAAUGUGGCUUUUGAUAGCUCAGGUGAUUGCUUAAUUGCUGGGGACCAUCAAGGAAAUAUCUAUGUUUUUGACUUGUGUGCCAACAGGUUUAACCUCGUCCAGCGGACAGCACAAGCUUGCACCUCUCUGGCCUUUAAUCUCCGUCGGAGGUCGGAAUUCCUUGUGGCGUUAGCAGAUUAUUCUAUUAAGUGUUUUGAUACAGUGACCAAGGAGCUGGUGAGCUGGAUGAGAGGGCAUGAGUCGUCCGUGUUCUCGAUCUCUGUGCACGCAUCCGGGAGGUAUGCCAUCACGACCUCUUCUGAUACCGCUCAGCUCUGGGACUUGGACACCUUCCAGCGGAAAAGAAAGCUGAAUGUGCGCCAGUCUGUGGGUAUACAGAAGGUUUUCUUUCUGCCCUUAAGUAAUACCAUCCUCAGCUGUUUUAAAGACAAUUCCAUCUUUGCCUGGGAGUGUGAUACUCUUUUCUGCAAAUACCAGUUGCCGGCUCCGCCCGAGAGCUCCAGUGUAUUAUACAGAGUGUUUGCUGUGACCAGAGAUGGUCGGAUCCUGGCUGCUGGAGGCAAGUCCAAUCACCUUCACCUCUGGUGCUUGGAAGCAAAACAGCUCUUUAGAAUCAUCCAGAUGCCUACGAAAGUCCGAGCCAUCCGCCACCUAGAAUUUCUCCCUGAUAAUUUUGAUGCUGGUUCUAAUCAGGUUCUUGGAGUGCUAAGUCAAGAUGGUAUUAUGAGAUUUAUCAACAUACAGACUUGUAAACUCCUCUUUGAGAUUGGGAGCCUUGAAGAGGGAAUCAGCUCAUCAGUGAUCAGCCCACAUGGCCGGUACAUUGCAUCCAUCAUGGAAAAUGGAAGUCUGAACAUAUAUUCAGUUCAGGCUUUAACCCAGGAAAUAAAUAAGCCACCUCCUCCUUUAGUGAAAGUGAUUGAAGAUUUGCCUAAGAACAAACUGAACUCCAGUGAUCUUAAGAUGAGCAUAACAUCUGGAAGGGUACAGCGGCCAACAAAAUUAAAGGAGAGCAAAAUUCAAACGAGAAUAUUAAAGCAAGACCUGUCUGGUAAUUUUGAAAAUAAAGAGAAUGAGUUGCCAGAUGGCCUAAACAGAAAACGUCUGCAAGUCCUAUUAAAAGGCUAUGGUGAAUACCCAACAAAAUACAGAAUGUUUAUUUGGCGCUCUCUGCUACAACUGCCUGAAAACCACACCACGUUUAGCAGCCUCCUGGAUAAGGGCGUGCACGCCGCGUUUCUCAACCUUCAGAAGAAAUACCCCAUCAAGAGUAGAAAACUGCUCAGAGUCUUACAGAGGACUCUAUCUGCAUUAGCUCAUUGGUCUGCCAUCUUCAGUGAGACUCCAUAUCUUCCGCUCUUGGCAUUUCCAUUUGUCAAGUUAUUCCAGAACAAUCAGCUUGUCUGCUUCGAAGUUGUUGCUACUCUCAUAAUCAAUUGGUGUCAACACUGGUUUGAGUAUUUUCCCAACCCUCCUAUCAAUAUUCUUAGUAUGAUAGAGAACGUCUUGGCAUGUCAUGACAAACAACUGUUGCAGCACUUCAUGGAUCACGCUGUCACUUCCCAGGUGUAUGCCUGGCCUCUUCUUGAAACUGUGUUCUCUGAAGUGCUGACAAGAGAGGAAUGGUUGAAGUUAUUUGACAAUGUCUUCUCCAACCAUCCGUCCUUCCUGCUGAUGACCGUUGUUGCCUAUAACACGUGUUCCAGAGUGCCUUUGCUCAACUGUAAUCUUAAAGAUGAUUUUGAGUAUUUUUUUCAUCAUCGGAACAACCUGGACAUAAGUAUUGUGAUUAGAGAAGCAUAUCAUCUCAUGGACACCACACCUCCUGACACUCAUCCGGAAAACAUGCUUGCUGCUUUUGUCCCUCUGACGAAAGGCCAGUAUCCGGUAUUUAACCAAUAUCCAAAGUUCAUCGUGGAUUACCAGACUCAGGAACGAGAAAGAAUAAGAAAUGACGAAUUGGAUUACCUAAGAGAGAGACAGACAGUUGAAGAUAUGAAAGCUGAAGUAGACCAGCAAAGAGCUGAGGAUGAAGCUUGGUACCAAAAGCAAGAAAUGCUUCGUAAAGCUGAAGAAACAAGAAGAGAAAUUCUCUUUCGAGAAGAAGAGAAGAUGCUGGAACAAAGACAGAGACUAGCCGCUGUGAAGAGAGAGCUAAAAAGAAAAGAAAUACACUUGCAAGAUGCUGCAAGAAGGCGCUUUCUGAAGCAGCAGCAAGAUCAGCGGGAGAUGGAACUACGAAGACUGGAUGAUGAAAUUGAAAGAAAGGUGCAUAUGAGGGAUCAAGAAGUCGCUGCCACAGCCAGAGACCUCGAAAUGAGAAACUUGGAGCUUGAAUCACAACAGAGACUUUAUGAAAAGACACUUGCUCAAAACCAAGAAGCUUCUGCGAAAGAAAUGAGAGAAGAUGCCGAUGCCUACAGACGAAAGGUGGAGCUUGAAGAACACAUGUUUCAUAAACUCUUAGAAACAGAUCAUGCUCAGAGCCUAAAAACUCAGAAGGUCAUUGAAGAAAACCUGGCCGAUGUUGAGCAGGCCUGCUUAGACGCUAACUGGCGGAUUCAGGCCUUACACAGGCAGAGGCACGGCGACCAGCAGCGGCGGGAGUGCUACCAGCAAAUGGCCAGGCUCCUGCGGAAUAACAGGAGGAAAGAGAAGGAGGUGUUAGAUGCAGUGAAGGAGGCGGAAGCUGCGAAGAGGGAGGAAGCUGAAGAAGAAGAGUUCCAUUUGAAAUCAGAAAAGAGAGCUUCUGCUCUUUCAGACGCAUCGAGAAGGUGGUUUUUGGAGCAGGAGUUAAGUGACGCUUUAAAACAUGCUGAAAACUCGUGCUGUAGUGAAGGUGAGUGUCCACGAGGGAGCGCCCUCUCCACAGCGUCCCCACGGUCCUCUCAAGUGUGCUCUUAGCAGUGAUGCUUCCCACAAGUUUCUUUUAAUCGAAGAAAACUAGAUGGGGACACCAAAGAACAAGAUGUUCUGGAGAAAGUGCGGAAUCUUCGCCAGAGGCUUGCCGCCCAGGUGCAGCCCGGCCCGGCGCGCCCACCGGAAGGAGCGGAGGUUGACUGGCAUCGCAGCGGACACGUGCCCGGGACGCUGACCGGCUUCCCCGUGCUCACCCUUCGGCCGGUCCCGCCACCGCGGACUCACGGGAUGGACACCGUGCUCACCCUUCGGCCGGUCCCGCCACCGCGGACUCACGGGAUGGACACUGUGCUCAUGGUCCAGUGUCCCAGCUUCCGAUCCCACUGCUUCCGAUCGAGGGCUCACUUAGGGAAACCCGCCCGGCGCUACGUCGGCUCAUGGCCACGGGAUGAGCUCGUUUUCUCACAACCAGCCUCGGGAACUGAGGUCUCCAGCGAACAAAAGUAUUAUGCCCCGUGUGAGGGUCGAACUCACGACCUUCAGAUUAUGAGACUGACGCGCUACCUACUGCGCUAA